GACGGCGGAAGGCGGAAGGCGGAGCGGUCCGUGCAACCCGGCCGGCGGGAACUGCCUUCUAGUUUUUAGUCUCAGACCAGACCACCGGGCGCUCCCCAAUGCCGAGCCCGCAGCUUCUGGUGCUCUUCGGCAGCCAGACGGGCACGGCUCAGGAUGUGUCGGAGAGACUGGGUCGCGAGGCCCGGCGCCGGCGGCUUGGCUGCCGGGUGCAGGCCCUGGACUCCUACCCGGUGGCGAAUCUGAUUAACGAGCCCCUGGUGAUAUUUGUUUGUGCAACUACAGGCCAAGGAGACCCCCCUGACAACAUGAAGAACUUCUGGAGGUUUAUAUUCCGGAAGAACCUGCCCUCCACUGCCCUCUGUCAGAUGGACUUUGCCGUCCUGGGCCUCGGGGACUCCUCAUACGCCAAGUUCAACUUCGUGGCCAAGAAGCUGCACCGACGGCUACUGCAGCUUGGGGGCAGCGCCCUCCUGCCCGUGUGCCUGGGCGAUGACCAGCAUGAGCUGGGGCCCGACGCUGCUGUGGACCCCUGGCUGCGAGACUUGUGGGACAGGGUUCUGGGGCUGUACCCGCCGCCUCCGGGCCUCGCUGAGAUCCCUCCCGGAGUCCCCCUGCCCUCCAAGUUCACCCUGCUGUUCCUCCAAGAGGCACCCAGCACGGGCUCUGAGGGGCAGCGGGUAGCUCACCCCGGCUCUCAGGAGCCCCCGUCAGAGUCGAAGCCCUUCCUAGCACCCAUGAUCUCCAACCAGAGAGUCACUGGCCCCUCCCACUUCCAGGACGUUCGGCUGAUUGAGUUUGACAUCUUGGGCUCCGGCAUCAGCUUUGCUGCUGGUGAUGUGGUGCUGAUUCAGCCCUCCAACUCGGCUGCCCACGUCCAGCGGUUCUGCCAGGUGCUGGGCCUGGACCCUGACCAGCUCUUCAUGCUGCAGCCGCGGGAGCCAGAUGUCUCCUCCCCCACGAGGCUGCCCCAGCCCUGCUCCAUGUGGCACCUCGUGUCCCACUACCUGGACAUCGCCAGCGUGCCUCGCCGCUCCUUCUUCGAACUCCUGGCCUGUCUAUCCCUCCAUGAGCUGGAGCGGGAGAAGCUGCUGGAGUUCAGUUCUGCCCAAGGCCAGGAGGAGCUCUUUGAAUACUGCAACCGGCCCCGCAGGACGAUCCUGGAGGUGCUCUGUGACUUCCCGCACACAGCUGCCGCCAUCCCUCCCGACUACCUGUUGGACCUCAUCCCCGCUAUCCGGCCGAGGGCCUUCUCCAUCGCCUCCUCGCUGCUGACUCACCCCUCACGGCUGCAGAUCCUCGUGGCUGUAGUGCAGUUCCAGACUCGCCUCAAGGAGCCCCGCCGGGGCCUCUGCUCCUCCUGGCUGGCAUCCCUGGACCCUGGGCAAGGACCUGUCCGGGUGCCCCUCUGGGUGCGGCCUGGGAGUCUGGCCUUCCCAGAGACACCAGACACACCUGUGAUCAUGGUGGGGCCUGGCACUGGGGUAGCCCCCUUCCGAGCAGCCAUCCAGGAGCGUGUGGCCCGGGGCCAGACUGGAAACUUCUUGUUUUUUGGCUGCCGCUGGCGGGACCAAGACUUCUACUGGGAGGCUGAGUGGCAGGAGCUGGAGAAGCGGGACUGUCUGACCCUCGUCCCUGCCUUCUCCCGGGAACAGCCCCCAGCCCUGUUCUCUGCCCUACAGGAGCAGAAAGUAUAUGUGCAGCACCGGCUCCGGGAGCUGGGGUCGCUUGUGUGGGAACUGCUGGACCGCCAGGGUGCAUACUUCUACCUGGCAGGCAACGCCAAGUCCAUGCCAGCGGACGUCUCGGAAGCCCUGAUGUCCAUCUUCCAGGAGGAGGGUGGACUCUGCAGCCUGGACGCAGCCGCGUAUCUAGCCAGGCUCCAGCAGACACGGCGCUUCCAGACCGAGACGUGGGCCUGAGGCCCGCGGCUGCCCGUGCCCCCUCUGACAGCCAUCCUCCUGGGAGCCCAGGAAGGCAUCCACGAGGGGGCCCCUGGCCAGCAGCCGUCAUCCUCUCGGACCAGCCAGCUGGUCCUCUGGGAACAGCCAGCUCCCGAGCACAGCCGCACUCCUGUUGACCCUGGAUCCCACCCUUUGAGCCCUGACCCCACUGUAGCCUCUGCCCAGCCAGCCCUGCGCUCCCCCACCCUGACAGUGAGCUGUGUCUUCGUCCCCCCACCCCCUUCCCAGUCAAGGUGGUGGCCUGGGCCGCUGCACCUCACCGGUGCAGUGACCCAGGACGGCAUCAGCAGCCCAGUGAGCACCAGGGGUGGCAUAGGGCACCCAUGAGGCUGCGCUGCACUCCUCUGCCCUGGGGCCACCUCGGCUGCUGCAGCCUGCCCAGCAGCACAUUCCAAUCACUGCCCCCGCACUCCCACAGGGCUCAGGCUGGGCUCAGAGGCCACUAAGAUGCCAGCUGCUUGAGAGCAGUGGGGGUGUCCCAGGCCAGAGCAGUCUCUUCCUCUCCUGGUCCCAGAAAAACCCUUGCAGUAAAUGGUGGCCUCUGGGUGGCUACUUCUAGCGCAGGCUUCCUUCCUUCCUCUAGCUCCUCCCGGUGCCCUGGGUGCUGGGUGCUGGAUGGGUGGGCGUCCUCUAGCUCCUCCCGGUGCCCUGGGUGCUGGAUGCUGGAUGGGUGGGCGCCACGGUGCACCCUUGUUGGGCUGCCUGUGCCCGAGUGGCCUCUGCAGCUCUUAUGUCUGCCUCUAAUGGGAUGUGCGCCCUGACUGCCUCGUUCUUAAGGGCGUAGUGGGUCGGCUAAGAUCUGAUCGCCAGGAUUGGGUUCUGGGCAGGUGCUGGGAAGGCGGAGCCAAGCCGUCCGUGCCGCUAGGGAGCUGAGACUGCCGGAAAGAGGAGGGGCAGGAGGGGGCGUGGUUGUGCAGCCCCGCCCCUGGGAGGGGCUUUAGGCACUGGGAAGGAAAGUCCUGUCGGAGGAGUCCGGUGGCUGUUCACACCCGCCUCGCUGUCUUGGAGUCUUGAUCUGUGGUCGGCGGGUCGCUGGCACAGGACUAAACAUGGCUGAGGCUGGGCUCCAGCCAGAUCUGGCUGGGGACAGCACCGCGUGGGCCCAGGAUCCACCCAGAGCAGGCCGGCCUUGCUGGGGCCCCAGUCAAGUCCACUUCCAGUGAGGAGAGCCAGCCGGGAGGUCAGUGCCAGAGCCCUGGUGGAGCCCAGACCCUGCCUUCCCUUGAGGGCCGCCCCAGUCGCCGCCCUGGGGUCCCUGUCCUCCUAUCCUGACUCCUGCCCCAGGGCCACCACCCCUGAACUGUGCCCUGGGGCCCCCACCCUCCACCCGGCCGACUCCAGCUCUGGGCCUGUCAGUCCACCUGGGUCCUCUUUGGGCCCUGAGUGCCUGGACCCUCUGUGCCAAGCACCAGCAAGUGAAGGGGAUGACCUCGGGCACCCCCAAGGUGCCGAGACUACAGCCAGUGAGCCCCUGCUGGGGGCCAAAGCCAUGGAGGGUGCCUGGGCCCUUCCAACCUGGAAGGAGGAGGGGAGAGAGCAGGCAGCAGGGCAGGGGGAAGAGGAGGAGUGCCCAAUCUGCACAGAGCCCUACGGGCCCAGAGAGCGCCGCCUGGCCCUGCUGAACUGUGGCCACGGCCUGUGUGCGGGCUGCCUGCACAGGCUGCUGGGCUCGGCCUCCAGUGCCGACCUGGGCCGGGUGCGCUGCCCGCUGUGCCGCCAGAAGACGCCCAUGCUGGAGUGGGAGAUCUGCCGGCUACAGGAGGAGCUGCUACAGGCCGACGGGCCCUCACGCCAGCCCCGCCGAGAGGCCCCUGCAUCCUAUCACCGCAACCCUGGGCCCUGGGGCUCCCUGGAGCACCGCUACCAGCUGCGCUUCCUGGCAGGGCCCGUGGGUGGCCGGGGCUGCCUGCCCUUUCUGCCCUGUCCACCCUGCCUGGGUGCCCGGCUCUGGACCCUGCGGGAGCGGGGACCCUGUGCCCGCCGCCUGGCGCUGCUGAGCCUGCUGGCCCUUGAGCUUCUGGGGCUGCUGCUGGUCUUCACGCCGCUCCUGCUGCUGGGACUGCUCUUCGUGCUCCUGGACCGCUCUGGCCGCUGAGCAGAGCCCAGGACAGCCCCGCCGCCAACAGGCCAGGGGGCCCAGACUGGCCCACGUCCCCAUGCCUGGGUGCUGUGAGGCCUGAUGACCAGGCUGGAAAAACCCAAGGUUGGGUCCAGGGCAGUGGCCUUCAAUCAAGACCUCCCAUUGCUGAACCCACAACCAGGGCUACCCAGAGGCCUGACCCUGCCAGAGUCCAUGGCUGCACUGCUGCCCAGACACUAGCUGAACCCAAGGACACCAGUGCCCAAGGACAGCUCCUGGAGGAGGCCAGCCCAGCAGGAAAGUCUGUGAACAGGACCCCAUUCACCCUGCGGCAGACGGGCACCGUACUGGCCACAGGCUGACGCCAGCCACACUUCCCCUCCGAGGGCCAGCUGAGCACAGCAGGCAUGAAAGCAAACAGAGAUACAGCAGUGAGUCAGUUCCUUGGAGAGGGCAGGGACUCCGCCCACCCUGUGUUCAGAUAAGGGCCAGUGUGUGUCCCUGAAGGUCAGGCCAGCCGGGGGAGGGGCCCAUGCUGCGAAAAUUCAGCCUGCAAAGGCUCCUCUCCCCACUUGGUCAGGCCCAGACCAGCUGGGGGUUGGCGCUGGCCUGUGUUGCAGGGGACAAGGGCCCACCCAGGCCUUGGAACAUAAGCUCUGCCCCUGCACACCCUCAUGUCACCACACCUGGGAUGGAGACAUUGGGUGGCCCAGCGAGAGAUGGAGCACUGAGCCUGGAACGUGAAGCAGCUUUCAAUAAACCAGCUCCUGGGGA